AAGCAGAACCGUUGCGAACCGGAUAGGGACUAGGGAGGGUGAUUAAAGCAAAAGAGCCCCUGCCGUCCACCGUCCCCGUCUCGGUCUCCCAUUCUUCGUCUCGGCAGCAACCACCGCCGCCGAGCGUCUCGAAACCCUAAUCCUAAACCUCGCCUCGUGUCCAUGGAGAACCCCAGGCCCCCGCCGCCAGCCAUCACGCCUCCCAUGGCUCCCCUCCCCAUACACCCGCCCAUCGCCCCCAUCCCCGCCCCUCCCCGCGCACCCGUGCCCGCCGCCCCCUCCACCUCCGGAGAUGACGACGACGUCGAGUACGAGGUCUCCGACGACCACCGCGCCGCGCGGGAGCGCCACGAGCGCGCGGUGCAGGAGCUCCUGCAGCGGCGGCGCGCCUACGCCAUGGCCGUGCCCACCAACGACUCCGCCGUGCGCGCGCGCCUCCGCCGCCUCGGCGAGCCCAUCACGCUCUUCGGGGAGCGGGAGAUGGAGCGCCGCGACCGCCUCCGCGCACUCAUGGUCCGCCUCGAGGCCGAGGGACAGUUCGACCGCCUCCUCCGCGCGCAGGAGGACGAGCAGGGAGCCUCCGAGGAGGAGGCGGAGCAGAUCCAGUACCCGUUCUACACCGAGGGUACGAAGGAACUUCUCCAGGCGCGCGUCGACAUCGCGAUGUACUCACUGCCCCUCGCAAAGGCCAGGGUCGAGAGAGCCAAGCGCCGCCUCGGUGACCCUGACGAGGACCCCGAGGCAGAGGCUGACCUUGUCGUCAAGCAGGCGGGGGAGUUCGUGCUCGACUGCAGCGAGAUUGGAGACGACCGCCCGCUCACUGGCUGCUCAUUCUCCCGAGAUGCGUCAAUGCUUGCUACAAGCUCCUGGAGUGGGAUCAUCAAAGUAUGGAGCAUGCCACAAAUAACUAAAAUUGCAACCCUGAAAGGUCAUACAGAACGUGCAACCGAUGUUGCCUUUUCUCCAGUUGAUAACUGCUUAGCGACUGCCUCAGCUGAUAAAACUGCUAAAUUAUGGAACAGUGAUGGAUCACUUCUAAUGUCUUUUGAUGGUCACCUGGAUCGUCUUGCUCGCCUUGCUUUUCAUCCAUCUGGAAAGUACCUUGGCACAGCUAGCUUUGACAAGACUUGGAGAUUGUGGGACAUUAAUACGGGAAAGGAACUUCUACUCCAAGAGGGGCAUAGCAGAAGUGUAUAUGGAGUUAGCUUUCACCCAGAUGGUUCUUUAGCUGCAUCUUGUGGGCUUGAUGCAUUCGCUCGAAUUUGGGAUCUAAGAUCAGGAAGAUCAUACUGUCACCUUGAGGGACAUGUGAAACCUGUCCUAGGAGUCAGCUUCUCUCCUAAUGGUUAUCUGGUUGCAACUGGGAGUGAAGACAAUUUCUGUCGAAUAUGGGAUUUGAGGGCAAGAAAGAUGUUGUAUUCUAUACCAGCCCAUAAGAGUCUUAUCUCGCAUGUGAAGUUUGAGCCUCAAGAGGGUUAUUAUUUAGCAACUUCUUCCUAUGACACAAAAGCAGCGCUUUGGUCAACACGGGAUUACAAACCAAUCAAAAGUUUGGCGGGCCAUGAGUCAAAGGUUACUAGUUUGGAUAUCAGUGGAGAUGGACAGCAGAUUGUAACCGUUUCACAUGAUAGAACAAUAAAGAUUUGGUCAUGCAGAAGCAGCACAGAGGAUAAUGAGAUGGAGUUGGAUUAAGGAAUCGACUAACUGUUCUCGGAAACAGGUUGUCCCAGUCACUACCUUAUCUGAUCUACUGUUCUACACUCUUUACGUGGCAUGAAGAAUUUUUAGUAUCUAUAACCCUCAGCCUGUAAAAUAUGCUGUGCUCAUUCUUGUCAUAUAUACCUCAUAUUUUCUCAAGAACAUUGCACAUGUUAGUCCUUUUUGAGACGAAUGAGUUUUCUGCUAAAAAAAGCAAAGGAGCUUCUUCAGUUUCGAAGAAGUACGGUGCAUCGAUGUAAUUUUCUCUUGCUAAUUUGUCAUGGGAUAUUAACUUUUGAGUUGUAGGUGUAUUUUCAACGGUUGGCUUCUCGUACUAAUUUCCCCUAUUUUAUUCCCAUUUAAACUCAGCUGUUUGUUCUGUUUGACUCUUCUUUAUUCUAGUUGCAACUAAAAAUAAAUUGUAAAAUCUUCA